AUGCGAUUUCUCAAAUUUCCAUUCUUGGUUCACUUGAAUAUUCAAAAGUAUCUUGAGCCCAGUGAGCUACUUCUCUUGUCUUUUUGCUCAUUGAGAACUAGAGCUCUCGUAUCAAGUAUGCGUCACGCUCCAACUUAUUCGGUGUUUGUCUUGGACAGACCUGAAGUAAUGUACUAUUCAUUGGUAAAUCUACCAGAAAAGGAAAAAACUGUGAUAAUUUGGACUUGGAAAAGUGAACAAAUGGAAAAUGUCAAAACAGAAAGAGUGAAAUCAAAAUAUAUCGAUUUGGGAUGCAGAAUCACAUUCAACAAAAACUCAAACACUCCAAUUUUAUGGUGUUCUUUCGAAGAUGGACCAUCUCGGAAAAGAUUUGCAACUGCACUUCAUUCUCAUAUGUGCGAGGUGUUUCGUGUGGAGCCCGAAAUGCAAUUUAAGCUUUCUUUAGAGUAUAUGAAUGACCUUCCGUAUACAAAUACGGUUAGAGAUGUUACCUUACUUGACACAUUUGUGAACUAUGAAGUUGUUGAUGAGUUCUUCAAAAAGUUCCAUGUGAAACGAGCAGUUGUCUCUCUCAGCUUCAAAGACAGUCCAUUGAAGGGUUCAUUUCAACUUCUACAAGUUAAUAAUGUGAUUAUGAAGAGUGCCUUUUGGCUGAAACGUUCACAAUUUUUAAAAUUCGACUGUGAAAAUCUAGUAACUGGGCCAUCCGAGCUCAAAAAACGGGAUUUGGUCGCGUUCGUUAAACAAUGGUUGAAAGGGAACAAUACAAAACUCAAAACUUUGCAUGUUUUGUCAACUUAUUGCGUAGACGUGCAUACCAUAAUGAAUAAGUUUGAUUUGAGUCGGUGGGAUCCGCAAGUGGAUAAAGUUGAAUAUAAUGAACCGAUCUACGACUAUGCGAAUCAAAUUGUGUUGACUCAGCAUUACUUAAAACUGGGUCAAAACGGAAUUGUCAGAAGAAAAAGCGACGGGUUGCGUGCAUUAGCCACAACGUUCGACGGACAAUUUCAUUUUCAUGUGUUUCAUAAUGAAUUCGAACUUAAGUGA